GCCGAUCCUCCCCGUGACAUCAGCGCCCGCACUUAAAUAAGAAGGCCCGUGCCCGAGGCUCAGGACCACUCUCCUGGGACUAAGGCUUGUUGACUUCUGCCCCUUCUCCCGUCCACCUAAACUGCAUCAUGAGUGAGUUCUCUGCUGACCAGAUUGAGGACUUCAAGGAGGCCUUUGGUCUCUUUGACAGAGUUGGUGACAACAAGGUCGCCUUCAACCAGGUCGCCGACAUCAUGCGCGCCCUGGGCCAGAACCCCACCAACAAAGACGUCAAGAAGAUCCUGGGAGACCCAUCUGCUGAUGACAUGGCCAACAAGAGAAUCGACUUCGACACUUUCCUGCCCAUGCUGAAGACCGUGGAUGCCGCACAGAAGGGUACCUACGAUGACUACGUUGAGGGUCUCCGCGUCUUUGACAAGGAGGGCAACGGCACAGUGAUGGGUGCUGAGCUGCGUAUUGUCCUGUCCACACUGGGAGAGAAGAUGGCCGAGCCCGAGGUCGAUGCCUUGAUGCAGGGACAGGAGGAUGAGAACGGCUCUGUCCACUAUGAAGCUUUCGUCAAGCACAUCCUGUCUGUGUAAGACUCCCCCAGCCCCAGAGAGUGGUGAGAAAGGCGGUGUAUCUACAGACCCCAUGGUGUCAGGACAUCAACUCUAAGACCAACGAGAAACAACCAUCAAAAAAAAUGGACUAUGAGAUGACACACUUGUAAACCUUUCUUUUUUUUUUUUUCGCCCGCCUGCCCCCCACCAAAACCCCCCUUAGCAGUCGAGUCGCGGCUGCGGCGGAGAUCGAAGGGAGGAGGCGGCGUCCACUCAUAAAGUGGGGGUGCGUUCCCUGUUCCCUCGCCCGCCCGGGUCAUUCCACCACCAGCCAGCCGUGCCAAAGGCACCUGCCUCGGCAGCCGCCGACCGCCUGCGCCACACGGUACUCCCCCCUCCAAGCCCGGCCCAGCUCAGCCCAGCCCAGCCCAGCCCUCACACGUUCAUUCAUUUCACAAUAAACUCUUUUUCCAAAAGUG